AUGGGCUCCGUCGUCAUUCCUCAUCUGGUGACGGGGUGGCACGUCGAUCAAGCCAUCAUGUCUGAAGAAGACCGCCUCGUUGUCAUCCGCUUCGGUCGCGACUGGGAUCCCGACUGCAUGCGCCAGGACGAAGUCUUGUACAAGAUUGCCGACCGCGUGAAGAACUUCGCCGUCAUCUACGUUUGCGAUCUCGACCAAGUCCCCGACUUCAAACAGAUGUACGAACUCUACGACACCGUCACCCUCAUGUUCUUCUUCCGCAACAAACACAUGAUGUGUGACUUCGGCACGGGCAACAACAACAAGCUCAACUGGGUGCUCGAGGACAAGCAGGAGUUGAUUGACAUUCUUGAGACCAUCUACAAGGGUGCAAAGAAAGGCAGAGGUUUGGUCGUCAGCCCGAAAGACUACUCCACAAGAUAUCGCUACUGA